ACACCUACUUAUCCGGGACAAACAAGGACACUUCACGUGACACCUCGACUUUUAUCGGUCGUUUUCUCUCGACGUUUCGUUCGUGUCUGGUGGUUUGUGUCAUUCGUACUGUUACAGCUAUGAGUAUUAUGGAGCAUAACGGUUCUGCUGUGGUGGCCAUGCUGGGGAAGGGCUGCGUGGCUAUUGCGUCUGACCGCCGUUUGGGAAUCAGCGCGCAGACUGUUGCCUGUGACUUUCAGAAAAUUUACGAGAUGGGAGACAGACUCUAUGUUGGACUUCCAGGACUCGCCACGGAUAUCCUGACUGUUGCAAACAGGAUUCGUUUCCGUCUCAAUCUCUACAAGCUGAGAGAGAAUAAAGAAAUCAAGCCAAAAACGUUUAUGAGCAUGUUGUCCAAUCUGCUCUACGAAAGAAGAUUUGGACCUUACUUUGUUGAGCCGAUCAUUGCUGGUCUUGAUCCAAAGACGUUUGAACCCUACAUUUCAUCCAUGGAUUUAAUUGGUUGUCCAAUGGAGACCAAGGAUUUUGUGGUAGGUGGUACAGCAGCGGAACAGCUCUAUGGCAUGUGUGAAUCUCUCUGGCGACCAGACUUGGAGCCCGACGAUUUGUUUGAGACAAUCGCACAAGCUCUGCUGAAUGCUCAAGACAGAGACGCAUUGAGUGGCUGGGGAGGGAUCGUUCACAUAAUAGAGAAGGAAAAGGUAACUACAAGGCAUCUAAAGGCCAGGAUGGACUAGAACCGUCAUAGAAAGUAGAUAGUCUAACAUACUGUCAGAUUUCAAUGCCGUUCAGGUGCACGCGUCAUCUGAUGCAACUUGAGUAAAACCUGCU